UGCUGAAGUCCCUGAGCACAGGUCACAGAUAAACAGCAUCACGGUUUCUAAGAAACGUAACUGGCUGCACCAGAGUACUCUAAGGGCCCUUAAUAUGGAAGAAGAUGAUUGUAAGAAAAUGCAAGGAGCUAUUACCCAGGUAUCCAAGUCUCCAAGUCCCUUAUCUGAAUCUAAAAUGGCACAGGUUCCUUUGGAAUCACCGGUAGGACAGGAAUGUUCUGUAGGAGCCUGCAGUUCUGUAAACACUCUCCAAAACAGUCCAAGUCCUUCGAUGCUGAGAAAUGGUACUUUAGAUUUCAGUGAGGAUAAUGAUGCAGAUGAUGAAGGAGAAAUAUGGUACAAUCCAAUCCCUGAAGAGGAUGAUUCUGACUUCCCUAGAGUCCAUCUUUCUGCUGGGAAUAACACCGUUAAUUUAGACUCCCAAACUGCCAGUUACAAGGUGUUGCCUGGAAGUGACUUGACUAAAGUAGUGGGGCACAGUGAAGACCUUUCAAGCUCCUCAGGAUGUGCAGGGGACAGUCCAUCUGCUCAGUCCAGUGAAAUUAAUCAAGCAGAUUCCAUUCAUUCCAUGGAGCACAUGCAGCUGCACAAGCAGAGGUUUGUGUGCAAGACUCAGAGUGGGUCAGCAAUAGAGGAGUGUCCUACACUUAAAAAUCCUUUGACAGGAUCUGGAAUUGUACUUACAAACAAGCCUGAGACAACAGCAAUGGAAAUUUCUCCUCCAAGUCCUAAUCCUUUGAAAAAAGGUGGAUCAAUUAAUUGGCCUUUCCCUGAUAAAAUAAAAUCUCCUAGAACUGUGAGAAAACUUUCCAUGAAAAUGAAAAAAAUACCAGAACUCAGCAGGAAGCUGAGUGUCAAAGGAACUUCAGGCCAUAAUGGUUCAGAUAACUCUUCUUUGUCAAAAGGUAACUGUCGGGAUGGAAGCCAUGCAACUUCUUUGACAUCUUCUGGAAACACAGCAGCAGCUGCUAGCCGGAACGUGAUAAGUAGGUACCACCUUGACAGCAGUGUGUUAUCGCAGCACACUGACAAGAAGAAAAAUGCCAGGAGUUCCAAAUCUUCUAGUAAAGGUGGUUACCUCAGUGAUGGAGACUCCCCUGAACUUAUAACAAAAUCAGGUAAACAUGGAUCUGAAAGCAGGUGUGGGAAAGGAAAAGAGGUACCUCCAAAUAACAAUAAUAAAACGGAAAUAGAUAUUGAUGCUUUUAGACACUACAACUUUUCUGACCAACCCAAGUGUUCCCAGUACAUAUCUGGGCUCAUGAGUGUUCACUUCUAUGGUGCUGAGGAUUUGAAACCUCCAAGGAUGGAUUCCAAAGAUGUCUUUUGUGCAAUUCAGGUAGAUUUAAUAAACAAAGCAAGAACAGCCUUGCUUACCUGCAGGACGACCUUUUUAGAUAUGGACCAUACUUUCAACAUAGAACUUGAAAAUGCUCAGCAUUUAAAGCUAGUAGUCUUCAGCUGGGAGCCUACCCCACGGAAAAAUCGGGUUUGUUGUCAUGGAACAGUGAUUCUCCCUACUCUUUUUCGAGUAACAAGGACUCAUCAGCUGGCUGUCAAACUGGAGCCUAGAGGGCUGAUUUAUGUCAAACUGACCCUCAUCGAACAGUGGGAGAAUUCUCUUGAUGGUCUAGAUGCAGAUCGAGAACCAGUGAUAUUUGGAGUAGAUGCUCGAAAAGUUGUUGAGAAGGAAAAUGUGGGCUUGAUGGUACCACUCUUGAUGCAGAAAUGUAUUGUGGAAAUUGAGAAGAGAGGCUGUCAGGUUGUAGGACUAUAUCGAUUAUGUGGUUCAGCAGCAGUCAAGAAAGAGCUUCGAGAAGCAUUUGAGAAAGAUAGCAAGGCUGUUACUCUCUGUGAAAAUGAGUAUCCAGAUAUUAAUGUGAUAACAGGUGUGCUCAAGGAUUAUCUAAGAGAGCUGCCCUCUCCCUUGAUAACCAAGCAGCUCUAUGAAGCAGUGUUAGAUGCCAUGGUGAAAAAUCCCCUGAAAAUGACAGCAAGCGGUUGUGAAAAUGACCAAAGUGACUCUGAGCACACAGUGGCCCUUCUGGAUUGUCUACAGGAGGUUGAGAAGGCAACCCUGAAGGUGCUGUUGGAUCACCUGAAACUAGUGGCUUCUUACCAUGAAGUAAAUAAGAUGACGUGCCAGAAUCUUGCUGUGUGUUUUGGCCCUGUACUACUGAGCCAAAGGCAGGAGACCUCCAAUCAUAACAACAGAGUCUUUACAGAUUCAGAAGAGCUUGCUAGUGCCCUCGAUUUCAAAAAGCACAUAGAAGUUCUGCAUUAUUUACUCCAGCUGUGGCCAGUGCAUCGUUCAUCUACCAAAGAAUCGACAAGUGUAUUUCCAGGGCACCAGUCAUCUCUGAAUUAUCUGAGGCCCAAAAAGCAGCGGCCUCAGAUGUUGAACUUAAGCAGUACUCAAAUGUCAGGAGUACUGAGGCCAAGACCAGCUGGAUUAGACAGUCCCUCAAGUAAUCGCUAUGCAGGAGACUGGAGUAGCUGCGGGGAAAAUUACUUCUUAAACCCAGUAGAGACCCUGAAUGAAGCAGACUAUAAUGUCCCUUCAGAAGAUACAGAAAGCGGGGAAGACUGUAGCAAAGUUGAUGGAUCAGAUGCACUGAUUAAGUAUCCAAAAUCUGUGUCCCGAGAACACACAUUUCAUACUUAUUUGAAAAUGCAAACAAUAGAUUCAGCGGUGGACCACAAAGUAAACCUCAAAGAUCUACAAGAAAGUAUUGAUACUCUGAUAGGAAACCUGGAGCGGGAGCUCAACAAAAACAAAUUGAAUAUCAGUUACUAAUACUUGCCCAGUAUGGUACCCCGUGAUGUUGUUUCCCUGUUCUUUGCCCUACCUCUCCCACAAAAAUGUCGCUUAGUGUGUGGAGUUCUGAAUACUUUGUGGCAUAGUCUUGGCCCACCUUGAAUUAAUAUAUUUAUUUUAGACAUUCCUUCACUAUGCAGCGUUUUCCCUAUCCUUUGCCCUUGCCCUUGCCCUCUGCAUUUUAAGAUGCAAUGUUAGGCAAUGUGAAAUGACUCUAGAAAAUAGUGACAUUUUCCCCCCAAGAGGAUUCUGCACUUUGGAAGUUCGCGCUGGGUGACAGGAGGUGAAGCUACAUUGCUGUCUGCUCUGUAUAGCAACAGGACUCCUCCUUCCUGAAAGUCUAGAUCUGGCAUAAAGGUUCAUCUUUGAAGAAGAUUGGUGCUGCUGAACCUGUGUAUUGCAGCAUGAACACAAGGCUCUGCUCAGUUACAUGGUAUGUGACCUGGCUAUUGAAACCUAGCAACAGGCAGAACACUGCAUUAUGUAAAGAGUCAUCUCUGUGGAUAAAAGGAAAAGAUUCUUAAAUAGAUAUCUGCCCGUGGCAUUGUCACCACAAUCAUUGCAACAUUAGAAGUAACGAGUGGAACUGUAUGGAAACCUUGCCAUCUACCAGUACUUUAGAAGUUUUGCUUUAAAAUUUUAUCUGUACCUUAAAGAUUCUGAACCGGCACCGAUUCACACCUCGAAUAGCAUCCACACUGCAUCUUCUGACAAUAUAAUUGCUGUAGUUCUUGUAUGAGAUUACCACAUUUUGGAGUGAAUAGCACCAUAAUUCCUGUACUGUUGCUGUCUGUUCAUGUCACUUCUUGGUUAAACUGUUUGUGGGGCAGUCUUUUUGAACCAUAUAGAAAUUGUGGGCAUUGUUCCUGAGCUGCCUUGGUUCCCAGUUAAUAUCUAGGUGCAGUUUCAGGUGUUGGUUUUAGUCUGUUUUUACAGCUUCAACUCCCAGCCACAUAAGACUCUUUCUCCUUGUGUGUUGUCAUUACUUUUGAGGUCAUCUGAGAUGCUAAUUGAUACCACUUGCUGUAAACUGGAGAGGGCUGAUGAUAUAGCUGAUAAUCUUGGCUGAAGAUGCUUUAGCCCUGAACCUUUCUGCUCUGAAUGUGUUUGUUGUGUGCUCAUAUUUGGUUACCUGCAGAGUGCAUAGCAAAAACUACCUCUGAUCUCUGGCUUUGUAGAGGGAUGAGGGCUCUGGACAUGGGAAAAGAUAAAAUAGAACAGUGGGGGCCAACCUUUUUGACAUGUGCAUCAC